AUGCCCGCUCUAGCCGCUAUAUCCCGGGGUGAAUUCUUGCAGUUGUUCCAGCGAUGUAUGCCUCCUGGAGGAUGGCCGCACACAAUCGCGGUGGCAAACUCUGGUGGACCGGACUCUACGUGCCUGCUCUACCAUUUGGCUUCGCUACUCAAAGGCGGUCCAUCUGGUCUUCCCCAGCGAGUGGUGUCGUUCCAUAUUAAUCACCAACUGCAGACAGCAUCCGAUGACAUGGCAGAUGUCGCCGCCGGAACCGCACGAGCCUUGGGUGUCGAGCACUUCUUCUUCACGAUUCCAUGGUCGAAAAACUCGUAUCCGAGUUAUCCAGACGCGGCAAGAACUGAGUUGACCGCGCGGGGCGCGCGUGUGCGGGCGUUCUUCGACAUGAUGACUGGAGAGGGCGCCACCGCACUUGUACUUGGACACCAUGCCGACGACCAGGUCGAGACCAUGAUCAUGCGCUCUGCUCGCGGAAGCCGGCUGCAGGGUCUCGGCGGCAUGCUGCCUGUGCGGCGAUGGGGAAUGGGCGAUGUCUCAAGGGAAGAUCGACUCGGUGUCUUCGGCCUCCCAGGCAUGUCUCGAUGGAUGGUGCGACCGUUGCUCACUGUACCUAAGGACAGGAUUCUUGCCACGUGUGACCGAAAUGCUCUGCGAUAUGCCAUCGAUAAAACAAACUUCCAACCUUCUCUGACUAUGCGUAAUGCGAUCCGACACGCACUUGAUUCUCCGAGCAAGCUAACUGACAUUCGAUCAUUGCAGCCUUCCAUACUAUCGGAAACCGCAACACAGCUAUCCGUGCACCUAAGUGGGGACUUCAUGAGACUUGAAACCCGGGAUGAACUCCGAGAGUGCGCGCGGCUCCUCAGACAGCGCGUUGAAAUGCACGACACACAAGGCCAGUGCGAUCAUAUGGACAACAUCUUGGCCCGCUGUCUAAUGCCGACUUUGCCAUCCACGUUGGUGCUACCUUCGCAGUGGCUGCAAGGUGUUCCAACUGAAACGCUGGAUAUCUUAGUGUCACGCGUCCUUCGCUAUGCAUCCCGACAUCCAUGGGGCUCAAUUGUUGCGCAAGCAAGUGGAUCUCGUGCUUCAUAUCAAGCUAUCGCAGACAAUGUGACCUGGGAUGUGUCUGACACACGUCGGCGGUCGGCGUUCACUCGCGGAGGGGCAGUCUUGUUCGUACCUGGCUUCGUGGACGGGGAUGGUACCUUCCGGCAGGGGGAUAAUCAACCGCAAGACGCACGCCCCGCAUGGCGUCUGCAAGCUGCCCCGCCGAUGGAAAGCAACUCUUUGAUCAUAACAUCGCUGUUGUCUCAAUGGCGACCAGGGCAAGAGAAUCCUGCUGUGUUGUACGACAACAGAUUCCUCCUUCGCUUCAAUAUGGGCCACAUACCCCGCUACAUCCUGCACUCCCUGUCCCAGGAUGCAGUAGUUCAAAUUACGCAUGAUGGCCCAGAAUAUAGUCCGCAGGUCGUCUUGCUCACGCCCAAGUUCAAGAUAGUUGUGGCCAACUAUCGGCGCGACGUUCUGGGACUUGACCACAAAACAUCAAAGAAGUCAAAAAACCCGGUACCGAUGCCCGAACAGAAGUGGGUCCAUAUGGAGCUAGUGCGGACACUGGAGGCUUAUUGA